GCUGGCUUCAUGAGGGGCUGGACACACCAGCCGGGACCGUGCGUCACAAUGCACCUACAACUUCUCCUCAUUAUAACUUUAUGUGUGCUUCAUUGCGAUUGUCAAGGUUCAAGUUGUGAGGUGGGGUCUUUCCGUUGUGGGACAGGCCGUUGUAUUCCAGCAAGCCAGAGGUGCGAUGGAACAACCGACUGUUCGGAUAACUCAGAUGAAUUUGGCUGCCCCGAGCCCACCUGCGAGAGUGCUCAGUUCCAGUGCUUGAGUGACGGCGAGUGCAUUCCGCAGCACUGGGCCUGCGAUGAUGAAGAGGAUUGCGAGGAUGGCUCCGAUGAAAGGCAGCACUGCCCUGGCAGGACAUGCUCCAGUUCACAGUUCACCUGCACGAAUGGGGCCUGCAUCCCGGGAAGAUACAGGUGCGACCAUGUGCCUGACUGUCUAGACGGAGCAGAUGAGAGAAACUGCCUGUACCCAGAGUGCUUGGAGCUGAGGUGUGCUAACGGGGCGUGUUAUAACAGGAGUCAGCGCUGUGACCAGGUGCUCAACUGCCGAGACGGCUCAGAUGAAGCCAAUUGCACCCAGCGGUGCAGUGGCGGUCAGUUUCAGUGCGGUAAUGGAGAAUGUAUUCCUCGCGGAUACGUCUGCGAUCAUGACGAUGAUUGUGGAGACAGAAGUGAUGAACAGAACUGCACUUACCCAACCUGCAGAGGAACGUACUUCACCUGUCCCAGCGGCCGCUGCAUUCAUCAGGUCUGGCUGUGUGAUGGAGAGGAUGACUGCGAGGACAAUGCAGACGAGAGAGGCUGCGAUAAUGUCCAGCGUGAGUGUUAUCCCGGGGAAUGGCCGUGUCCUUCUUCUGGUGUUUGCAUCCCUCUGGAGCAUCUCUGUGAUGGGACGGCACACUGUCCGGACGGAGAAGAUGAAACCAAUACCACUGCCGGACGCAACUGCAGUAUCUGGCGCUGUGCAUCUCUGAGCUGUGAGCAUCACUGUCACGCCUCUCCUGAAGGAGGAACCUGUGCCUGUCCGCCAGGAUACAUGGUCAGCAGAAACGACAGCCGCUCAUGCAUUGAUUAUGAUGACUGUAGUCUGUGGGGCAUGUGCGACCAGCUGUGUGAGGAUCGGAUCGGAAGCCAUCGCUGCAGCUGUCGGGACGGUUACCUUCUGGAGCAGCACAGAUACUGCAGAGCAAAUCCCUCAUCUGGGGUGCCUUCGCUUAUAUUCUCCAAUGGGAGAGACUUGCUGAUUGCUGAUGUCCACGGACACAGUACUCAAACCCUGGUCGAGUCCCAGAACAGAGGAGUUGCUGUUGGUGUGGACUUUCAUUACCAGCUGCAAAGGGUCUUUUGGACCGACACAAUCCAAAAUAAGGUGUUUUCAGUGGAUAUGGACGGGUCGCGUUUGCAGGUGGUGCUGAACGUAUCCGUGGACUAUCCUGAAAACCUGGCCGUGGACUGGGUGAAUAAUAAGCUGUACGUGGUGGAGGCCAGCGUCAACAGAAUCGACAUGGUGGACUUGGAUGGGAGCAAUCGGGUCACACUAAUCGCCGAGCACCUGGGCAACCCGAGAGGUCUUGCGCUUGACCCGACCGUGGGGUACCUUUUCUUCUCUGACUGGGAUACUUUGAAUGGAGAACCGGGUUUGGAAAGGGCCUACAUGGAUGGUAGCAAUCGCUAUGGGAUCAUCAGGACCAAACUCGGCUGGCCUGCUGGGAUUACUUUGGACCUUGAGGCUAAAAGAGUAUAUUGGGUGGACAGCCGAUAUGAUUAUAUCGAAACAACAACUUAUGAUGGCUUGCACAGGAAAACUGUGGUCCAUGGUGGGUCUGUGAUUCCUCAUCCAUUUGCCAUUACUCUAUUCGAGCAUUCAGUCUACUACACUGACUGGACUAAGAUGGCAGUUAUGAAGGCUAAUAAAUACAGCGACAACAGCCCACAAGAGCUCUACAGGACCUCUCAGAGACCACAUGGCCUGACUAUGGUCCAUGCAUACAGACAGCCUUUUGUAAGUAACCCCUGUGGCGCCAAUCGAGGAGGCUGUGAACACAUCUGUGUUCUGAGUCACAGAACUGAUAACGGUGGCUUGGGAUAUCGCUGCCGCUGCCGAAUGGGCUAUGAUUUACAUGCUGACGGCAAGAGAUGCCUGGCUGUGAGGCAGUUUCUGCUGUUCUCCAGUCAGCUGGCAGUCAGAGGGAUCCCCUUCAACCUGUCCACACAGGAAGACAUCAUUCUCCCCAUCACAGGAACUCCGUCUUAUUUCGUUGGAGUGGACUUCAGUGCUGCGGACAAUUCAGUUUUCUUCUCUGAUACGGUGAAGGACAUCAUCUACAAACAGAAAAUUGAUGGAACCGGUGAGUAUGACAAUUAUAUUUUCUGGACUGACUGGUACCGUCCUGCAAAGAUUAUGCGGGCCUGGGGUGAUGGGUCACAUGCUCAGUCGAUUGUAAACACCACUCUCGGCUGGCCCAAUGGCUUGGCCAUUGACUGGAGUGCCAUGCGGCUGUAUUGGGUGGACGCCUUCUUUGAUAAGAUCGAGCACAGCAACUUUGAUGGACAAAACAGGUUGUCUUUGAAUCGCAUCACUCAGAUCUCCCAUCCGUUUGGACUUACUAUUUUUGGAGGUUAUGUGUACUUCACCGAUUGGCGGCUGAGUGGAAUCGUGCGGGUCCGUAAAACAGACGGAGGGGAGAUGAUGAUCAUUCGUCGAGGGAUCAGCCACAUCAUGCAUGUCAAAUCCUUCAAUGCUGAUUCGCAGAUUGGAUCUAACUUCUGCAACAGGCAAACAAACCCAAAUGGAGACUGCAGUCAUUUCUGUUUCCCAGCGCCGUACUCCCAGCGAGUGUGUGGCUGUCCAUAUGGAAUGAAGCUGGAAGCGAAUCAGCAGACGUGUGUGGAUGAUCCAUCCAAUGAGCCGCCGACCCUCCAGUGUGGCUCCAACUCCUUCUCAUGCACUAAUGGGAAGUGUGUCCCCCAGAGCUACCAAUGUGACGGUGUCGAUGACUGUCAUGACAACAGCGAUGAGGCCAACUGUGGCACUAAUAAUAACACAUGCUCGCCCAUUGCCUUCACCUGUGCCAAUCAGCGCUGUGUGCCCAGAAGCUGGCACUGCGACGGACACAAUGACUGUUUUGAUGGCAGUGACGAGAGGGAGUGUCCCACCCAGACCCCCGGCACUUGCCAGGCUGACCAGUUCAGCUGCGCCAACCAUCACUGCAUCCCCCGCACAUGGCUCUGUGACACCGACAAUGACUGCGGAGACGGAUCCGAUGAAAACAACUGCGAUUCUAUUGGCACAUGCCACCCUGAUCAGUUCCAGUGUCCGGACCAUCGCUGCAUUGACCCCAAUUACGUGUGUGAUGGAGACAGAGAUUGUGCAGACGGAGCGGAUGAACAGCGCUGUGUGUACAACUGCACAGCAUAUGAGUUUAAGUGUGCAAAUGGGCAUCAGUGUGUGAACUCCUACUACCGAUGUGACGGGGUGUUUGACUGUAACGAUCGCUCCGAUGAAUCUGGUUGUCCCACUAGGCCGCCCGGCAUGUGUCACCACGAGAGUGAGUUUCAGUGCCAGUCAGACGGCAGUUGUGUUCCUGUGAACUGGGAAUGUGACGGGCACCCAGACUGUGAAGAUGGCUCAGACGAACACCACGCGUGUCCACCGCGGACGUGCCCCACCUCGCAGUUCCGCUGUGAUAAUGGGAACUGUGUUUUCCGUGGCUGGAUUUGUGACGGUGAUAAUGACUGUCGGGAUGGCAGCGAUGAGCGAGACUGUCCCACGCCGCCGUUCCGCUGUCCCAGCUGGCAGUGGCAGUGCCCUGGACACAGUGUGUGUGUUAACCUCAGCAGGGUGUGCGACAACACGCCAGACUGUCCCAACGGCGCCGAUGAAUCCCCUCUCUGCAAUGAGCCCUUACCAGAUCAGGAGAGCUGCUCGGAUAACAAUGCGGGCUGCACUCACGGCUGCAUUCAGGGCCCGUUUGGAGCCCAGUGCACGUGUCCUAUGGGCUUCCAGCUGAGUAACGACUCAAAGACGUGUGAGGACAUCGAUGAAUGCCAUCCUCCGGGCGUCUGCAGUCAGCACUGCUUCAACGAGAGAGGCUCCUUCCGCUGCCAUUGUCAGGAUGGAUACACUCUAGAGGCAGACGGACGCACCUGCAAGGCCUCAGUGCUAAGACAGAUAUUAGUGGAGUGGAGCCACGGUCGGACUCUGGAGGCCAACUGGACCUACUCAGCGGGGUCUAGUGUAGCCUCUCGUAUUACCACAGAUAAGACAAAUAACAUAAUGUCAGUCACAAACUUUCUUAUGGGGCUUCAAUGUGUUUUUCCUGCAGGUUAUAACCCCUGUGACCCCCGUUCGAGCCCCUGCACUCAUAUCUGCCUCCUGUCAGCGAUCGGCCCCAGGUUCUACUCCUGUGCCUGUCCGUCUGGAUGGACUCUUGCCACUGACCAGUUCACAUGUGUUCUCAGGCUAAAAGGAGAAAUUCAGUACAGAAAGACUCUCAUCACUAACAACGGCUCACCUACUGGUGCAGGAGCUCCCGUUGGCAUUGCGGUGGAUCCGGCACGUGGAAAGAUGUACUGGACAGAUCAGGGAACAGAGAGCGGGAUCCCUGCCAAGGUGGCGUCGGCAGAUAUGGACGGCUCCAACGCGGCCAUCCUCUUCACCCAUAAUCUGGAACAUGUGGAGUUCAUAACUAUAGACAUCAGAGAGAACAAGCUCUACUGGGCUGUUACAGGAACUGGCGUGAUCGAGCGCGGCGAUCCCGAUGGAUCAAACCGCAUCACUAUGGUGAAUGGACUGUCCCAUCCGUGGGGUGUGGCUGUAUACGACUCCUACCUGUACUUCACAGAUCGAGACUUUGAAGUGAUUGAACGCGUCGACAAAGCCACGGGACUCAACCGGGUUGUAAUGCGGGAUAACGUGGCCGGUCUGAGAGUACUCAAAGUACACUACAGAGACUCCUCAGCAGGAUCGUCUAACGGCUGCAGUAAUAACGUGGGGACAUGUGAGCAGUUGUGUCUGCCUCGUCCCGGUGGCCUGUUCAGCUGCGCCUGUGCGACUGGGUUCAAACUCAGUGCUGAUAACAGAACCUGUUCUCCAUACCAAUCCUAUGUGGUGAUCUCUAUGCUCACUGCCAUCAAGGGCUUCAGUCUGGAGGAAGCGGAUCACUCGGAGUCUAUGGUGCCUGUAGCAGGCAGAGGCCGCAAUGCUCUUCAUGUAGACGUGCACAUGCCUUCCGGUUUCAUUUACUGGUGUGACUUCAGCAGCACCGUGGCGUCUCAGAACGGAAUCCGCCGGAUCAAACCGGACGGAUCUGGAUUCCGCAGCAUUGUCACCUCUGGAAUCGGACGCAAUGGCAUACGAGGCAUUGCUGUAGACUGGGCAGCAGGAAACCUCUAUUUCACCAAUGCCUUCUUGACUGAGACGUACAUUGAAGUGAUUCGACUCAAUACCACGUUCCGUCGUGUUCUUCUCAAGACCCAAGUAGACAUGCCUCGUCAUAUUGUGGUGGACCCCAUGAACAGAUACCUCUUCUGGGCCGACUAUGGACAGACCCCCAAAAUCGAGCGAGCUUUUCUAGAUGGCUCCAACCGGACUGUGCUGGUUUCCUCAGGCAUCGUCACCCCCAGAGGCCUGGCUUUGGACCACCGAGACGGAUACAUCUACUGGGUGGACGAUUCCCUGGACAUGAUCGCACGAGUCCGGCCCGAGGGGGGCGAGACGGAGAUCGUACGGUAUGGGAGUCGCUAUCCGACUCCGUAUGGCAUCACCGUGUUUGAGGGGACUGUAAUCUGGGUGGACAGAAACCUAAAGAAAGUCUUCCAAACGAGCAAACAGCCAGGCGCGACCGACCAGCCGCUCGUGAUCCGAGACAACAUCAACAUGCUGCGGGACGUCACGAUCUACGACCGGAGAAUGCAGCCAAGUUCAGCCCACGAGCUCCAUAACAACCCCUGCUUGGAGUCUAGCGGCGGCUGCUCUCACUUCUGCUUCGCCAUCCCAGGAACUCAGACGAGGAAGUGUUCGUGUGCCUUUGGGAAUCUGGCUGCAGAUAGCAGCAGUUGUGUGGUAUCCCGGGAUGACUACCUUAUCUAUACGACCGAAAGCACUGUACGAUCUCUGCGGCUGGAUCCAGAGGAUCAUUCUCUGCCCUUUCCCGUGGUUAAUGUGCCCCGGACUUCGGUAGCCCUUGAUUUCGACCGGUUGGAUGGCAGGAUCUAUUUCACCCAGAGCUCGGGAGCGGGCCAGAGCAAGAUUAGCUUCAUUACUUUGGCUUCACCUGCCUCUCCUGCGACAGAGGUGGCCUCAGAUCUGGGAGCUCCUGAUGGCAUCGCCUAUGACUGGAUCAAUAAGAGGAUCUAUUACAGUGACUAUAUUAACCAGAGCAUCAGCUCCAUGGCAGUGGAUGGAUCUCAGAGGACUGUUGUAGCACAGGUGCCCAGACCCAGAGCCAUCAUGCUGGAUCCCUGUAGAGGGUAUAUGUACUGGACAGACUGGGGAACCAACGCAAAGAUAGAACGUGCAACUCUGGGAGGGAAUUUCAGGACAGAGAUCGUCAACACUAGCUUGGUUUGGCCAAAUGGUCUGACGCUAGACUAUGAGGAUCAAAGGCUGUACUGGGCAGAUGCCAGCUUACAGAAGAUUGAGAGAUGCUCCCUCACCGGCACUAACCGUGAGGUCAUCGUAAGCACCGCCAUCUACCCGUUUGCAAUGACAGUGUACGAUCAGCAUAUCUACUGGACGGACUGGAACACACGCAGCAUCUACCGUGCAAACAAGCACGAUGGCUCCGACCAGAGAGUGAUGCUACAGAACCUUCCAUCACGGCCCAUGGACAUCCACGUGCUCUCCAACAGCAAACAGCAGCAGUGCAGCAGUCCCUGCGAACAAUUCAAUGGUGGAUGCAGCCAUAUUUGCACUCCAGGUCCUCAGGGAGCAGAGUGUCAGUGUCCCUCUGAGGGCCGUUGGUAUCUGGCCGACAACAAACAUUGUAUCCCUGACAAUGGCACACGCUGUCAGUCGGGCCAGUUUACUUGCAUGAAUGGCCGCUGCAUCCGCGCCCAGUGGAAAUGCGACAACGACGAUGACUGUGGGGACGGCAGUGAUGAACUCGAGAGGGUCUGCGGAUCCAAGAGUCAUUUCGUUUUUGUCCCACAAGCAGCAGCAUUCAUUUCACUCUCAGCAUUUCACACCUGCGAGCCCACAGUGUUCACAUGUGGAAAUGGCCGUUGUGUGCCAUAUCACUAUCGCUGCGAUCACUAUAAUGACUGCGGGGAUAACAGCGACGAGACCGGCUGCCUGUUCCGGCCCUGUGACCCCAACACUGAGUUCGCCUGCAAUAACGGUCGCUGCAUUGCACGGGAAUACGUCUGCAACGGAAUAAACAAUUGCUACGACAAUGGGACCUCGGAUGAGCAGAACUGUGCUGAGAGGACAUGUCAGCCAGAGCACACCAAAUGUCAGACCACCAACAUCUGCAUCCCACGCUCAUACCUGUGUGAUGGAGAUAAUGAUUGCGGUGACAACAGCGACGAGAGCCCAACGCAUUGUGCCACAUCUACAUGUUCCCAGAAUGAGUUUCGCUGUUCGAGUGGACGCUGCAUUCCUGGACACUGGUACUGUGAUGGUGGUACAGACUGUAAUGAUGGUUCUGAUGAGCCCAUUACCUGUACCACCACGGUGAGGACCUGCAACUCCGACCAGUUCCGCUGCGAUGACGGAAGGUGCAUCGCUUCGUCCUGGAUCUGCGAUGGAGACAAUGAUUGCGGGGACAUGAGCGAUGAGGACGAGAGACACAACUGUGGCAUCAAUGAGUGCACAGACCCGUCCAUGCACCACUGCGACCACAACUGCACCGACACGCCCACCAGCUUCAUCUGCACCUGUCGCCAUGGUUACCGCCUCAUGUCCGACAACAAAACCUGCGACGAUGUGGACGAGUGCUCGGUUACGCCCAGCGUGUGCAGCCAGGUGUGCGAGAACACCAUGGGCUCGUACGUGUGCAAGUGUGCUCCAGGCUUCCUCCGCGAACCCGAUGGACGCAGCUGCAGGCAAAACAGCAACAUCACCCCCUACCUGAUCUUCAGCAACCGCUACUAUCUGCGCAAUCUGUCGACGGACGGCGAGGCCUACUCGCUCAUUCUGCAGGGCCUCACCAGCGUGGUGGCGCUGGACUUCGAUCGGGUGGACAAACGCUUGUACUGGAUCGACGUGAGCCGGAGGGUGUUGGAGCGGAUGUUCUUUAACGGGACGGGACGAGAGGUGGUGGUCAACGGGAUUUUACAUGGCGAGGGCCUGGCGGUGGACUGGGUCGGGAGGAAGCUGUACUGGGUCGACAGCUUUCUCGACUGCAUGAAGGUGUCGGAGCUGGAUGGCCGGUUUGUGAGGAAGUUAGCAGAACACUGUGUGGAUGCUAAUAACACAUACUGCUUCGAGAAUCCCAGAGCCAUCGCUCUGCAUCCAAAGCUUGGAUACGUGUACUGGACUGACUGGAGAGACAAAGCCUUCAUUGGACGUGUCGGGAUGGAUGGGAAUAACAAGUCGGCCAUCAUCACUACUAAGAUCGAGUGGCCCAACGGUCUGACUAUUGACUACACCAAUGACAAGCUGUACUGGUCUGAUGCUCACCUCAACUACAUCGAAUUCUCAGAUCUGGACGGGAAUCACAGGCACACUGUGUACGACGGCGUCCUGCCGCAUCCUUUCGCCAUCACGGUGUUCGAGGAAAGCGUGUACUGGACGGACUGGAACACGCGCACGGUGGAGAAGGGCAACAAAUACAACGGCUCUGGACGGGAAGCGCUCAUCAACACCACCCACCGACCGUUCGACAUCCACGUGUGCCAUCCCUACCGCCAGCCCAUAGUGACGAAUCCGUGCGCGGUCAAUAACGGCGGCUGUUCUCACCUUUGCCUCCUGCGAGCCGGAGGUCAGGGUCACACCUGCGAGUGUCCUGAUCACUUCCUUACUGUGCAGAUAGGUGGCGCUGCACGCUGUCUGCCCAUGUGCUCCAGCACACAGUACAGAUGCGCAGACAACGAACGCUGUAUCCCUAUCUGGUGGAAGUGUGACGGUCAGCGAGACUGCAGAGACGGUUCGGAUGAGCCCUCCACGUGUCCCCUCCGGCACUGCAGACUGGGCCAGUUCCAGUGUAAUGACGGAAACUGCAGCAGCCCGCACUUCCUGUGCAACUCUAAUCAGGACUGUCCCGAUGGGUCGGAUGAAGACACGGUGCUGUGUGCCACCCAUCAGUGUGAGUCUCAUCAGUGGCAGUGUGCCAAUAAGCGCUGCAUCUCUGGGGCCUGGCAGUGCGACGGCGAGAACGACUGCGGCGACGGAUCUGACGAGGAUCCCGCUCACUGCUCCAGCAGGACAUGCAGACCCGGGCAGUUCAAGUGCAGGAACGGCCGAUGCAUCCCGCAGAGCUGGAAAUGUGACGUGGACGACGACUGUGGUGACAACUCCGACGAGCCCAUCAACGAAUGCAUGGGUCCGGCGUACAGAUGUGACAAUCACACAGAGUUUGCCUGCAGGACAAACUACCGCUGUGUUCCUCUGUGGGCCGUGUGCAACGGACACAACGACUGCAGGGACAACAGCGACGAACAGAACUGUGAGGAGUUGACCUGUGAGCCGGCGGGUGAUUUCCGCUGUGAUAACCACCAGUGCAUCCCCCUGCGCUGGCGCUGCGACGGAGACAAUGACUGCGGCGACGGAUCUGACGAACACAACUGCACCCCUCGUCCGUGCACAGAGAGCGAGUACCGCUGUGACAACCUGCACUGCAUUCCUGACCGCUGGGUUUGUGACCAUGACAACGACUGCGAGGACAAUUCUGACGAGAGAGACUGCGAGCUGCGGACCUGUCACCCGGGUUACUUCCAGUGCAGUAGCGGCCACUGCAUCGCUGAGCGCUUCAAAUGUGACGGCAAUGCUGACUGUCUCGACUUCACUGAUGAAAGCUCCUGUCCCACACGCUACCCGAACAGCACCUACUGUCCACCCUUCCUGUUUGAGUGCAAGAACCACGUGUGUGUGCAGCAGCACUGGAUAUGUGACGGAGAUAAUGACUGCGGGGAUAAUUCAGAUGAAGAACUGCAUCUCUGCUUGGACAUCUCAUGUGAUCCUCCGUUCCGUUUCCGCUGUGAUAACACCCGCUGCAUCUACAGUCACGAGCUCUGCAACUCUAUAGAUGACUGCGGUGAUGGAACCGACGAGAGGCCGGAGCAUUGUGUGACUCCCACACAUGGGCCCUGCUCUGGAGACGAGUAUAAAUGUGGGAACGGUCAGUGCAUUCCUCUGCAGUACGCCUGCGACGACUAUGACGACUGUGAAGACCAGACCGAUGAACUCGGCUGCUACUAUGGCCAUGGGCGCACAUGCAGUGAGAAUCUGUGUGAGCAUAACUGCACGGAUUUGUCGACUGGGGGCUUUAUUUGCUCCUGUAGAACUGGAUAUAAACCCAACCCGGAGGACAAGAACACCUGCGAUGAUGUGAACGAGUGUGAGAUUUACGGGACGUGUCCACAGCUGUGCAGGAACACUAAGGGCAGUUAUGAGUGUUUCUGUGCUGAAGGGUUUCGAUCAGUGGGAGAGCAGCUGGGAGUCGAAUGCGCUGCUGAGGGAAAUCCUCCCGUCUUGUUAUUGCCUGAUAAUGUGCGGAUCCGUCGAUUUAAUCUCUCAUCGGCGCAGUACUCAGAUUAUGUGGAUAAUGCAGAGCACAUUCAGGCACUGGACUACCUGUGGGACCCAGAAGGCCUCGGUCUAAGUAUAGUGUACUGGACAGUGUUGGGACGAGGCUCAGAGUUCGGUGCGAUUAAGAGGGCCUACAUGACCACGUUUGAUGACCAUGGAAAUAAUCCUGUAAAGGAGGUGGACCUGAACCUCAGAUACAUCUCCAGCCCUGACGGCAUCGCUGUGGACUGGAUUGGAGGCCAUAUUUACUGGACAGAUGCUGGCACUAAUAGAAUCGAAGUGGCAAAACUGGAUGGACGUUACAGAAAGUGGUUAAUUCAUAGCGAUCUUGAUCAACCGGCCGCUAUUGUGGUCAAUCCUAGUCUAGGUAAGAUGUUCUGGACCGACUGGGGCAGAAAGCCCAAGAUUGAGACGGCGUGGAUGGAUGGGCAGCACAGAGAGGUGCUGUUAGAUGAAGAUCUGGGCUGGCCUACUGGUUUAGCUUUGGACUACCUGAAUGAAAACCGCAUCUACUGGUGUGACUCAAAAGAAAACAUCAUUGAAUCGAUGAAAGUGGACGGAACAGACCGGCAAAUCAUCAUAUCAGGAGACAUCGGUCACCCCUACAGUCUGGAUGUGUUCGAGGGACACGUGUACUGGACGACUAAAGAGAAGGGAGAAGUGUGGAAAAAAGAUAAGUUCGGGAAAGGAGACAAGGUGAAGGUGUUGACCAUAAACCCCUGGCUGACUCAAGUACGCAUCUAUCAGCAGCACCGACACAACCACUCGGUGCUCAACCCCUGUCCGAGUGUCUGCAGUCACCUGUGUUUGCUGCGGCCGGGUGGAUACACCUGUGCCUGUCCGCAGGGCUCCACGCUGUUCGCUUUCAACAAGAAUGAAUGUGAUGCCGCCAUUGAGGCAGAGGUGUCCAUGCCGCUUGCAUGCAGAUGCAUGAACGGAGGAACAUGCUACACUGAUGAGGGAGGCCUGCCGAAGUGCAAGUGUUCAUACGGAUACUCGGGUAGUUACUGUGAAAUGGGGAAGUCUAGAGGUGCUCCUGCAGGGACAGCUGUGACUGUCCUGUUAGCAGUGGUUAUUAUUCUGAUUACUGGAGCCCUGGUUGUGGGAGUUUUCCUCAACUACAAGCGCACCGGCUCUCUCAUCCCGUCAAUGCCUAAACUACCCAGUCUGAGCAGCCUGGUGAAGUCGGCAGACACAGGAAACGGAGUGUCGUUUCAUUCAGGUGACAAUGUCACGAUGGACCUGGAGCCUCAGACUCUGGGAGUGUCGUUCAUCGACAGGGCCAUGCAGCUGGAUGAGAAUUUCGAAGACUCUGGUAGGCAGCCAAUCACUUUUGAGAAUCCUCUGUACUCGACUGCAGCCGGCUCAGCCAGCGAUCCGGCAGUAAUACACGCUACACAGGUCACUGUGAACAUCAGCGGUGACCAGGUGGACGGCAGCAACAAUACUACAAUGCAGGAUGAGCAGACGCAUGGAGCUGCAGACGCCAGCUCUUCAUCACAGCCGUCUCCUUUCGUUCCUCCUCCCAAACCCCAGAAGCGAGAGAAACUCGGCGUGUAUUCACCGACGGAGGACACCUUCAGAGACACGGCCAACCUGGUUAAAGAGGACAGUGAAAUAUGACCAUCACACACACACACACACAUGGGAAAAUACAAAGAAACAUCCCUUUGCACAGAAUCUAUUUUUAUAUGCAGCCUGCAUACGACAGAAAUCAAUUUAAGAUUAUUUUUGAAACAAAAAAAAGUAUAGAUGAGAAUAGAUUAAAUGUUUGUAUAGUCUACAGGAAAGAGACUUUGCCUUCUGAUAUUUUGUAUGCCAAUUCACGUUGUAUGAUUCUUUUUUUAUUAUUAUUGUGACGUCAUAUUUGUAUAUCUUUGCACUGAUGCUGCUGAAGGAGAAUGUUAUGAAUAUUUUGUACAUUUGUAAAUUGAAAAGAUUUUGUUUGAUAAUAUCCUCUGGUCAGAUGUUAUUUUGAAAUAGAUUAUUACUUAUUCCUGGAGAUUCGCACACACACACACACACACACACCCACAUACAUAUGUCAGCGAUACUGAGAAAAGUGCUUUGAGAGCCAGCUGAGACUUUACCAUUUGAUCUGAUUCUUCUUAAAGGAACAGUCCACCCAAAAAUUCACCCUCAGGCCAAGAUGUAGAUGAGUUUGUUUC